CUUGGUGGGUUUUUUUUAUCGCUUUGGUAUUGGCACCAAUAUUGAAUAUCAAAGAGCUUUUGAAAUGUUUUCACUGGCAGCAGCCAAUGCAGACAUUAAUUCGAAUGAUUUCAAUAACCCCUCACUCAUGACCAUGUUCUACACACAAAACAAAAUUUUAGGAACGAUAUCGCUCGGAUAUCUUUACCUAUAUGGUAUAGGUGUGGAGAAAAAUCAAAAGAAGGCAUUUCAAAUAUUCCUGGAAGCUGCCAAGGAAGGGUCAAGCUUGGCAGAAUCUUUCUUGGGAUAUUGCUGUUCGGAAGGAUAUGGUGUCGAGAAGAACGAAGCGAAAGCUUUUGAAUAUUUUCAGAUCUCUGCGGAGAAAGGAAACAUUGUGAGCCUUUGUGACAUCGCAUACAGCUAUCAGAAAGGUCUUGGAGUUCAAAAGGACGAAAAGAGAGGUUUCGAGUUGCUCCUGCAAGCAGCGGAAGGUGGAAGCCUAAAGGCGCAAAACAGUCUAGGGAUAUGUUAUGAGAAUGGGAACGGU